AUGGAGGAAUUAGUGGGGCUUCGUGAGGGCUCCUCCAGGAAGCCAGUGCCACUGCCAGAACUCUGGGGGCCAUGCCCACGCAUGCGCAGAACCAUUCAGGCCCCCAGGGAAGGAGCUGUGACCCCGGUGUCCUGUGCAGGGGGCCUAGGGCCGCUGAAGGAGUGGCUGUUCCGGGUGGGUGAGGACUGGUACUUCCUGGCGGCUCUCGGAGUGCUCAUGGCUCUGAUCAGCUACGCCAUGAACUUCGCUAUCGGGCGUGUGGUCAGAGCGCACAAGUGGCUGUACAGGGAGCUCGGGGACGGCCACCUGCUCCGGUACCUCUCCUGGACCGUGUACCCCGUGGCUCUUCUGUCCUUCUCCUCCGGCUUCUCACAGAGCAUCACGCCCUCCUCUGGAGGGUCUGGGAUCCCUGAGGUGAAGACCAUCUUGACCGGCGUGAUCCUAGAGGACUACUUAGACAUCAAGAACUUCGGGGCCAAGGUGGUGGGCCUCUCCUGCACCCUGGCAACAGGCAGCACCAUCUUCCUGGGAAAACUGGGCCCCUUCGUGCACCUGAGCGUGAUCAUCGCUGCUUACCUGGGCCGCUUGCGCACCAAGACCGUCGGGGAACCUGAGAACAAGACCAAAGAAAUGGAAAUGUUGGCUGCGGGAGCAGCGGUGGGUGUGGCCACGGUCUUCGCAGCCCCCAUCAGCGGUGUCCUGUUCAGCAUCGAGGUCAUGUCCUCUCACUUCUCCGUCUGGGAUUACUGGAGGGGCUUCUUCGCCGCCACCUGCGGGGCCUUCGUGUUCCGUCUCCUGGCCGUCUUCAACAGUGAGCAGGAGACCAUCACCUCCAUCUACAAGACCAGCUUUCCAGUGGACAUACCCUUUGACUUACCAGAGAUCUUCUUUUUUGUGGUCCUGGGGGCCAUCUGUGGCAUCCUGAGCUGCGGGUACAACUACUGCCAGCGGACUUUCUUAUUUUUCCUCAAGGCCAAUGGGGUCACCUCCAAACUGCUGGCUACCAGCAAGCCCUUGUACUCAGCUCUGGCCGCCGUGGUCCUCGCGUCUAUCACCUAUCCACCCGGUGUGGGCCGCUUCAUGGCUUCCCGGCUGUCCAUGGCCGAGCAUUUGGAGACACUGUUCGAUAACAGCUCCUGGGCCCUGGUGACCAAGAACUCGUCCCCACCCUGGGCCGCGGAGCCUGAUCCCCAGAACCUGUGGUUGGAUUGGUGUCAUCCACAGUUGACUGUCUUUGGGACACUAGUCUUCUUCCUGGUCAUGAAGUUCUGGAUGCUCAUUUUGGCGACCACCAUCCCCAUCCCUGCCGGAUACUUCCUGCCCAUCUUUGUCUAUGGAGCCGCCAUUGGGCGCCUCUUUGGGGAGGUCCUAGCUGUUGCCUUCCCGGAGGGCAUCGUGGCUGGAGGCAAGGUCAAUCCCAUCAUGCCCGGGGCCUAUGCUCUGGCGGGGGCUGCUGCCUUCUCGGGGGCGGUGACCCACACCCUCUCCACUGCACUGCUGGCCUUUGAGGUCACUGGUCAGAUCGUUCACGCGCUGCCCGUGCUGAUGGCCGUGCUGGCGGCCAAUGCCAUCUGUCAGAGCUACCAGCCCUCUUUCUACGAUGGCACUAUCAUCGUCAAGAAACUGCCGUAUCUGCCGUGGAUUCGUGGUCGUAAGAUUGGUUCCCACACUGUGACUGUGGGUCACUUCAUGAACUGCGCCCUCACCACACUGGCCAAGGACAUGCCCCUGGAGGAUGCGAUCAAAGCCGCGAUCUCCACGGAUGUGACCCAGUACCCCCUGGUGGAGACUACAGAGUGUCAGACCCUGGUGGGUGUCGUAGAAAGGACCCACUUGGUACAAGCCCUCCAGACUGAGCCAGCUUCCUGGGCUCCUGCCAGAGGAGGGGACAGGAUGCAGUUGCCCUGUCUUCAGGAUAUCUUGGCUAAUGGCUGCCCCACCCAGCCAGUGACACUGCAGCUGUCCCCGGAGACCUCCCUGCACGAGACACACAACCUCUUUGAGCUGCUGAACCUUCAGACGCUGUUCGUGACGUCACGAGGCAGAGUUGUGGGCUCUGUGUCCUGGGUGGAGCUGAAGAAAGCAAUUUCCGCCCUGACCAAUCCGCCCGCCCCCAAGUGAGUCAGCCUCGGGGUCGGCAGCCUGGUGCCCAGUCGCUCAGCUGCUGUGGAUGUCGCCAUAGCAGGGCAUCUCUGCUCAGCGGAGAAGAGAGCUCCACCCUCACCUCCCCCACCCUGAAGGAGCUGAGAGUAACCGAAGACAUCCUUGUGUUCUGUCGCACUGUCACCUUUGUGCCUUCUGGGGUUGUCUGUUGCUAACCAGGAGCU